ACCAUCAGGCAGACAGACAGGUUGCUAGGUAAGAGCUGGGUACGGACUUCAGUCAAAUACUGCACUGAAGCAGGUUGUUAGAGAAACCUGGCAUCGAACUAAAAACUACUCUUAAUCAAGGUUCACACUCAGAAUAGACACAAGAGACUAUAACACGAAGGUGAAGGGUUAGCUCUAUAAAGGCAGUUUAUUCUGAGGAGUUUUUUGAAAAGGUAACAGGAGGACCUGGAUCUGUUCUGCUCCACUUCUCCAAACAGCCUUCUUCUUCCACUUUGCACAAAGGAGGAUCUGUGCGCUGCUGCUGCCGCUGCUGUCGCUGCUGCUGCUGCAGGUAGAUAAAUGCGCUCAGGUAAUGUAACACGAAACUCAACCAUGUGACCAAUGGCGAUUUGAAGAGAGACCAAAAACUGCUUUGCAUAAAAGCACCAACUGGCAGUGGAGUCGAGGAUGUAGUCGGGCUGCUGCUGGAGGAUCCAGUCCCUGCCCGUUCGUGCGUAAAAGCGCACUUGUUUCGUGUCGUAGGAUGUUACCUGUCACCUUCACUGGACUAAACCACUCGCUGCGGUUUCAUUUCUGACAAGGUGAGGCGGAAGCGACAUGGUUCAUCCGUGAGGGAUCGACCCCGCUGGGUGUGUUUCCCGUUUUUCGUUGUCCACCUGUUCACAUCCGGAUCAAUGCUGUUCCCGGAGGACCACAUGUCCACCCAGUGACCUGAUGCCAUGGGCCCAAGCUGAUGCCCUGAGGUCCCCAGUCUGCCCGCACUUGGCCCCCGGCUAGAGAUGGAAGCAUAUCCGGAUGUGCUGACCAUCCCUGGAGCUGUGGCCGGGAGUGUUUUACUGCUACUGCUGAGCAGUGAUCCGGCGUGGGGAAAUUUGACCACCACUAGCCCCCCUUCAAAUAUAACUAAUGGACACAACAUCGCUGCUAUCGUGGCCCCCACGGUCACUCUGGGGGUCUUGGCCAUCGUCUUGGCCAUGCUCGCUUGGCUUUUCUGCGUGGUGAAAAAGAAGAGGCAGUCCGAGGGUACGUACAGACCCAGUGCCGAGGAGCAGUCCGGCGUGCACAGCGUGGCAGCACCGGACACGCUAAAGCUACCAAAGGAGGAGCGACUCAUUUGAGAUGCGGUGCUCGGACUAAAAUCCUUGGCGCUCCUGCUUGACGAGGCUCUCUCUCUCUUGAGCUGAAGAAUCUCUCGGGGCUGAGAGAGGACGGAGUGCCACCUUCACACGAUGCUUUUACCGACCGCUUCGUCUCAACCAGCACAGAAUGGUUCCUGUGUGACCACGUGGGGAGAUUCACCUGGAUGUGUCUUCCAACAGAUUUCAAGACAGUUGAUCAUUUCAAGUGGGAUUUCUCUUCUGCACAUGUGAAACAGGAGCUGCAAUAUUUUAUCACUACUAGUAAUUUUCUAUUUGGUCAUGUUUUCCUGUUUCAGUUGCCUUAAUAUUCAAUGCAGAUUCAUUGUAAAAAUACUGUCACCGACUAAAUCUAUGCUGAUCAUUUACCUCAAACUUUAUAUUUUUGCUACAGAGAGCUCAGACGAGUCCAUUGCAUUUACAACUGAUAAUGUUUUUAAUCCUAACAAUGAAAGUAGGCCAACAAGGUUACCUGCUGUGUGAUGAAAAUGAGGUUACACUGGGAAAUUAAACCCAGCACAAAGCAAAUUGUCGUUUACACUUGAAGUAUUCUUUAAAUAAUCACACUAAUGUAAAGGUUGCAUCGUUUCAAAUCUUUCACUUCAUCAGACUAGCCAUGAAGCGCAUGAGGCAUCGUAAUCAUCAGAGAUGUUUCGCAGUGUCACAGCAUAUUUAUGAAUUCUUUCUGUCUGAUAAAUAACAACGUGUUUGUACCAUAGAUGAGUAAUUAAAUCUAACAAAACAUGUA